UUAUUGCGUCCUAUCCAUCGUUUUUCCAACAUUGCCCACGUAGUCAAAUGGCCUAUUACGCAGGUGUGCCAGGCAUGGCGUGAAGUGGGCAUUGGUAUUGUUUAUAGGGAAGUGGCAUUUUCAUCCCGGGAUAGCCUAACCCUUGAGCUUGCUGCUGUAGCAGGGGCCAUAAACAGGGUUCGGAGGAUUUCGUUAUGGCUUGACACAGACAGUGUGCUCUGCGGUUCAGCUAUAGCCCGGCUGACUUCGCCCCCGCUGGACAGGAGCGCUUUCAAGUUCGCCACAACGCUUGUAGUCCACCUGAUGGGCUUUGCAAUUGGGCUUCGGCGAAUGUUCCCGACUGCUGCACAUCUGCGACUAGACCACCAGUGGCAAACCAGGAGCGAACGCUGGCCACUGUACGCGGAAGAUCUUGUGCGAGGACUCUACCUGCAACACAUCGAUGCACGCAAGGGACAUGUUUCGUCCCAGCUCCUGGAGGUUAUCCGGCGCCAUGCCGCAACCCUCCAGACAUUGGACACCAGCUUCCUUUUGCCGAUGAUGCUGAGCGAUCUUGUCCAAGAUGCUGACGGAAACCCCAUCAGCUACCCGCAGAUGCACUCCCUUGGGCUAUAUUGCACUGACUUUACUCGGAACCAGAAUACUUGGCUGUUCACAUCACCCGGAUGGGAGAGAACGCUGCAUGACCUGGCCAUGCAUAUUGAUGACAAGACUAUAGAUACAUUCAAGCGGUGCGGUAACCAAGUGCUGCAAUUACUUGUCGCACUUUGCAAAACACACCUGAUAUCCUUCGACGAGCGCUUUCGCCUCUCCUUCAGCAUAGCCCAGCGAUAUCUUGGCGAUUUUUCUCAAACUCUCUGUAUGCUAAGAAUGCCUGGUUUGGAAUGUGAACUAGAGCAGCUCAUUGCGCUAAUUGGGAGCGCUGUCUUUGAGAGCGAGUCGGAUCAUGAACAUAAUCGCUGCACAGACAUAGUGCAAAAUAACCAACGCUCCUACAACAAUGCUGGUUUGCUGAUCGCUUCGCGCCCUGUAAUCUCGCAGACACUACAUACUGCUGAAGUUAGCCUGGAGCCGGGACUAGCAGCAAUUAUAGCGAUACUAUGCCCUUCAGCUCGACAUAUUGGACGCUUAUUAGCGAUUCCUGGCGCAUACAUUAUCCGGAUCGAUGCUGACUUCUGAAGCGUCGUUUAUGGAACUGCCCUCUCGAGCCUAGAGCCAUGGGCCGGUGGUUGCUAAGAUACAGGUUCUUGUCAAUCCAUUAAUUCUUUAAGGGUACUUUCUUUCAGAUUAUUGUGAGUAGCUCAC